AUGAUAAUCAGCGAAAGAGGGAAAUCAUACAAAGAAGUGCUGAGCAAAGUGAUGAAUAUCAUGAGAACAAACUCUUCAGUGGAGGCUGUGAAAAGCAUAAAAAGCACAAAGGAUGGAAAACGACUACUAACCAUAGACAAAAACAAGGAGGCCCUCACAAACAUCCACAAAGCCCUCAAAAACGAUACAUCGGGCCUAAUGAUGAGGCGCCUAGGAAUAGACAGCUGGGAGGAGGACAACAAACUGAGCGAAUUGAGACCGUUAAACAACGACAAUCUGGCAGCCACAAUUACUCUGAAAGCAGAAUACGCGGAUAAAAUGAUAGAGCAAGGAUACCUACGAGUCGGCAUGGUAAAAUGCAGGAUUAAGAAAAGACUCAACAUAAAAAGAUGCACGAAAUGUUGGUCAUAUGAGCAUAAUGCAGACAAAUGUGAGGGGCCUGACCGCUCCAAGUAUUGCUUCAAAUGUGGAAAGAGUGGACAUAACUUUAAAGAGUGCAACAACAAGGAAUUCUGUCCGAUUUGUAAUGAAAAAGGACACAAGAAAGGACACAAGACAGGACCCAUGAAAUGCCUAAAACAGGCGAGAAUAGAGGAAAAACAGAAAACCCAAAACAAGAUAUACAGAAACAUGAAGACAAACAAGGAAAAAGACGGUCCCAAAACCCCAGAAUAA